AUGGAAGAAAACAUGUCUGAUAGUUUUUUUGAGUCGGUGCAAUUUGAGACUGGCCAGUCAUUGAGUUCCGAUAUGCCUGAUGUCCAGUCUCUUUCCUUCAGUGCUGAGCCUUUAAAUAUAAAUAUUGGUAACCCCUGGGAUCCUCCUGGCGGAGGGACCGAUAUUUCGAGUAUUUUGUCGGACGUUGCUUUACCCGAAAUCUACGUAUCUGCUUUUACCAUCGCGUCAUCAAAUGAUGGAAGAGUUUCGAUAUCUGCUUUAAACAAAAUUCUAAAUAUAAGUGGAUUACCUCAUGCGUCAAUAGAAAAAAUCUUGAAUUGCGCUGUACCGACAAAUAAUACGCGUGUGAACCGUGGCGAAUUUAACGUAGCGCUCGCAUUAGUUGCCUUAGCGCAAAAAAAUAUGGAUGUUUCAGUUGAAAACCUAAUCGAACACAAGCAAGAUCUUCCGGAACCAAUUUUAAAUAAUCUGGAGAGCGUCAAUUUUAAUCGUAACCUAAGUUUCUCUGCCAUAUCAUCACGUCCUCCCGCACUUCCCUCUCUUCAGGCCGAUGACCCUUGGGCUAUUCCCUCUGGUAAUGGAUAUGCGGAUAUACAAUAUACGGUUGAAACUCCAUCACAAUUUCGUCCCAGUGUAGUGCAACCACCAAUCACUAGAAAUUCGAUUAGCGAUGAUGAAUUCCAAUGGUUCAUGGAUGUGGAUGUGAUUUCAAUAAAAUUUGCACCUGAAAGAGAAGGAUUUCUUUUUAAGCACAUCAAUUACAUUGUAGAGUCACAGAGGCGCGAAACCUCUGUCGUAAGGAGAUAUAGUGAUUUUUGGUGGUUAAUGGAGUGCUUAGUAAAACGAUAUCCAUUUCGUAUUUUACCUGCUUUGCCUCCUAAGAAAAUUGGUGUAGUGAAUGGAUUUUAUUUCACAGUUGACGAAACCUUCCUGGAGAAGAGGAGGAAAGGACUUACUCGAUUCCUGAAUUUUAUCACUAGGCAUCCUGUUUUAAGGAAUGAUGCCUUGGUCGAGAUUUUUUUGACGGAACAAUCGAUAGCUGAAUGGCGUAAAAAUAAUACUCCGGACUUGGAAGAAGAAUAUAUAAAGAAACAGAUCACUCCUGAAAUGGAAGCAAAUAUACCGGACAAUUUGGAUGAACGACUGAGUAAAGUAUACAAUAAACUUGACGAUGCCAUUGAACAUUAUCGAAAUAUGUGUAACCUUAUGGAACGUAUGGCUCGUAGACAAGAAGGCAUGGCAGCAGAUUACAUGCGAUACAGUUUAGCCUUAAACUCAUUAAUCGAGAAAGAAAAAGGGUGUUACAUUGAUGAUUGUUACAACUGUUCCCAAGUAGUACACGGUCUAGAACAAGUGUCAAUCCAUUUCCAAAAAACAGGAGCUGUUAUGGAGGAUGCGGCCAUUGCUACUCUGGAUACGGUGUUGGAAAAUUUGAAGCGACAUCGAGAUCUGCUUGUUUCUUUUAGGGAGACAUUCGAAAGAAGAGAUCGUUUGGCUGUGGACACGAUCGAAACCCUUAAUAGUCGAAUAGAAACCAAUCAAGCCAAGCUCACUCCGUUGGCUGGAGUUAAAGACGCAGAACCUGAAGUUGACAGAUUGACGAACGUUAUUCAAAAAGAUCGAACGGAUAUUGAAUUACAACGAAAGCGGAAAAUAUUUCUACGACACUGUUUUUAUGCUGAGCUUACACUAUUUCAUAAAAGCUCCGCGUUUAUUUCACUUUUAUACCAGAAUUUUGUCAAUGAUCAAAUCAAAUAUUCGCAACAACUCUACGAAAAUUGGAAAUCAUUGAGUCCCAAAGUAUAUGAUAUGCCCAUUGAGACUAACGGGUUUGGUUAA